UCAUCACUGCAUGAUGCCCAAAUUCGCAGACUACGUCAGUGCUGCCGAUUUCUUCGUGUUAUUUAUAUUUUAAAUCACAUUUUCAUUUUAAUAACGCCCAUAAUGUGUACAUAGCCCCUGUCCUUAUGAACGCAAGGGGUCAAUACGUUACACCAAACAUUCGACGACACCGGGACAGUCAGCAUGUGAGAUUCAGUGAAGAACUAGACAACAUGGGUGAUUCAGUGACCUACGGGACAAUGAAUAGCAGAAGACCUGUACGUGAAGACUCCAUGAUAUCUGCUGCUUCUGUGAAUUCAUCCACCACAGUUGAGGAGACAAUGAGGAGAAAACUCAAAUUCUUUUUUAUGAAUCCAUGUGAAAAAUAUCGAGCAAAGGGCAGAAAACCUUGGAAAUUAGGUCUUCAACUUUUUAAAAUUUUACUUGUGACAUUACAGUUGGUUCUUUUUGGUAAUCAUCAAUUCUCAGUUAUUGAUUUUGAACAACAAAAUGUUGAAGCAUUUGAGCAGUUAUUUCUCUAUAGUUGGGAUUCUAGUUUUGAUGGUUUAUAUUAUCCAAGUACUGCUGGUUCCUAUGCAGUGUAUGAUGUAGACACCUUUUAUGAUCGUCUUAAUUUUACUUUAAUGCAGUAUGCCCAGGUGGAGUCAAAAUCUAUUGGUACCUACCAUUACACUGGAAAUCAUAGCUCUGAGUACAUCCCACCAUUAAAAGUAUGCGUUAAGGAAUAUUUUAAGCUGAACUUUACUGCAAAUUAUAAUUUUAAUUCUAAUACCAGCAAAUACUGUGCCAACUUCAGUGUACCUCGUGAUUAUAGCAAGCAAAAAGUGAAUGAAACAGUUCAAAGUUUUUUCCAUGACAAUAAUCUCACAAUAACAUGGAGAAGCAUUUCAGCUUUACUGUGUCUGCGCUCAAUAAUAAAAGCUUGGAGACUACGAAAUUUGACCAUCAGAUUCUUCCGUAAUUAUUUCAACAAGGAAUUAAAGCGACAUGACAAAUUAAGAUUCAUCAAUUUUUGGUAUGUUCUGAUUGUUGUUAGUGACAUCCUUGUAAUAUUUGGAUCAGUGUGGAAACUACAACUUGAAUCUAGGAUUGCCAGUAAUUAUGAUUUAUGUAGUAUAUUACUGGGUACUGGAUCACUACUUGUCUGGUUUGGUGUCUUGCAUUACCUUGGUUUCUUCCCAAAAUAUAAUAUUUUGAUACUUACAAUGAAGACAGCUGCACCGAGUGUUAUUAGAUUCAUGGUCUGUGUUAUAGUGUUAUUUAUGGGUUAUGGUUUCUGUGGAUGGAUUGUACUAGGACCAUAUCAUCCAAAGUUCAAAGACCUGAACACUGCAUCAGAAUGCAUGUUCUCUUUAGUGAAUGGAGAUGACAUGUUUGCCACCUUUGCUGAGAUGUCCAAUAAAAGUACUAUAGUAUGGAUAUAUAGUCGACUUUUUCUCUAUACAUUUAUUAGUUUGUUUAUCUACGUUGUACUCAGCUUGUUUAUCUCAGUUAUCAUGGAUACUUAUGAAACUGUUAAGGAAUAUCAGAGACAUGGUGGUCCUAAAAGUGAGGUGUUGAAAUUCAUGUCUGAAUGUGCUGAUGAACCAGAAUCUGGUAUAUUUAAAAUGGAUGAUGAUAAAUAUUGGUGGAUGUGUUGCUGUCCUAGAAG